CAUACCAAACUCAAACAACCCAACUUCCUCUCUCUUUCCUGCAAAUUUCUGUAAAGCUACAGAGAAGGAAGGGAGAAGAUAAUACAGAGUAAAAUUGGGCAAAAUUGUGUAGUUCAAAGUCGCCAUUGUUAUGGAGAAACUCAUUUAUUCAACAACCCCAUUUCCCUCUAAACUCCAUCACCAAAAUCCUUCUCAUCCUCUUCUUCCCACUAGAAUUCGUCAUGUAGAUUUUAAGCUCCCUUCACUGUUGCGUCUUGAGUCGCGUCGAGUCAAAUCGUUAUCCAUCAAGUGCUGCCAUGAUUCUUCAUCAUUUCCCGAAACCCAAAAUGGGUAUGAGAAAAACCCAUUUGUAUUUCCGGGUUCUGCAUAUGGAUCCGGGUCGAAGACCCAUUUUCUCAAGCUGAUUGGUGAAAGGAUAUCUCAGCAAAACAAGGUCCUUUCUGCAAGUACCAUAGUUCUUCUGUCGGCCGUGUUUGUUAUGCUCAUCCAUCCGGUCAUUGUUUCACCAGCUUUUGCUAGUUUCCAAGCGGCAGCUAAGGCUGGUGGACCGGCUGCAGCAGCACUGGGGAGUCGAUUUGUUCGUAAUGAAUUACUAAGCAGUGCAUGGACUGGUUUCUUUGCUGGUUGCCUACACACCCUAUCAGGUCCUGACCAUCUUGCUGCUUUGGCUCCUUUGUCGAUAGGCCGCACAAGGAUGGAGAGUGCGGCAGUGGGAGCCCUCUGGGGUUGUGGUCAUGAUGCUGGGCAGUUGAUUUUUGGCCUGUUGUUUCUGCUCUUAAAGGACAGACUCCACAUUGAAGUUAUUCGUACAUGGGGAACAAGAGUAGUAGGCUUCACCCUUCUUGUUAUCGGAGCAAUGGGAAUUAAAGAAGCAUCUGAAAUUAAUUCCCAGUUUGUUGCCCUGGAAAAUGGUGAUAGUGAUGUUAGUGUAUACGAAGGCAUUAACACUCCAGUUAUCGGGAAGAAGAAGAAAGUGGGGUUCACAACCUUUGCAACUGGCAUUGUCCACGGGCUGCAACCUGACGCGCUGCUGAUAAUCCUACCAGCUCUUGCUUUGCCUUCUCGGUUGGCUGGUGCGGCCUUCUUGGGUAUGUUCUUGGUUGGAACUGUUAUGGCAAUGGGUAGCUAUACUGUGUUUAUAGGCUCAUGUAGUCAGGCACUGAAAGAUAGAGUUCCUAGAAUUACUGAAAAACUCACUUGGGCUUCUUCCCUUAUUGCAAUUGGUUUAGGCCUUGCUAUAAUCAUCAGCCAAUUUUUUGGUUUUAGCUUAUACUAAUCGCAAUCCGGCGUUUCAUUUGUUUAUCUUCAAUAUUAGGUAAUGUAUUUUAUUUUUUUUGAGAUUAUAUUUUUUGAUUGAAGAUUCAUCUUGUAGCAUUAUUAAUGAUAUCUUCAAGUUGUUCAUUUGUUUA